AUGUCAACCAGUCUCUCGAGACCAGCCUUACAAGGCACUGCCUCCCUCUUUCACGCCUAUUCUUGCUCCAGUCUCUCCCUGACUGACGAAGCUUUCCUAGAGGCUGUUAUGAGCAGUGACGUUCCCAAGGUGCGGCGCCUGCUAGACAACCUGCUGGACCUCAAUGUCAAUAGUGUCAACUUCAUGGGCCAAACAGCACUGCAGUUGGCAGUGUCCAAUGAGAAUUUGGAGAUCACCAAGUUGCUUCUGGAGCGGAAAGAACUGACCAGGGUGGGCGACGCAUUGCUCCUAGCCAUUCGUAAAGGUUACGUACGCAUCGUGGAAGCCAUUUUGAGCCACCCGGCUUUUACGGAUGUUCGGAGGUUGUCAUCUUGUCCAAGUCAAGUGGACAUACAUCGAGACCUAUUUGCUUACGAUGAGAAUGGCAGCCUUUUCUCUAAUGACAUUACACCCAUCAUCCUGGCUUCGCAGCUCCACAGCUAUGAGAUAUUGCACCUGCUUCUCGCCAAGGGGGCCCGUAUCCAGCGGCCCCACGACUACUUCUGCCAAUGCAGUGCUUGUACCCAGCAGCAGACUGAGGACUCCUUCAGACACGCGCAGUUCCGCAUCGAUCCCUACAAAGGUCUUGCCAGUCCGGCCUAUCUGUCGCUUUCAAACGAAGAUCCAGUAAUGACGGCACUAGAGUUGAGCAAUGACCUGGCAGUCUUGGCCAGCACUGAGAAAGAGUUCAAGAAUGACUAUAAGAAAUUGUCCAUGCAAUGCAAAGACUUCAUGGUGGGCCUACUGGACAUGUGUCAGAACACAGAAGAAGUAGAGGCAAUUUUGCAUGGUGACUCAAUGGAGAGCAUGCAAAACCUUGCCAGGUUAAAACUUGCCAUCAAGUAUGAAGUUAAGAAGUUUGUAGCCCACCCCAACUGCCAGCAACAGCUGCUCUCCAACUGGUACCAGGAUGUGUAUGGACUUCGUCAGCGGACCACACUGUUUAAGAUCCUCCUUGUACUUGGGGUCGCGGUGGGCCUGCCUGUUUUGGCUUUUGUGUCCUGGAUUGCACCCUCCUGUAAGCUAGGGAAGCUGAUGUCCAGACCGUUUCUAAAGUUUGUGGCUCAUGCUGCCUCAUUUGUGACGUUCCUGUGUUUGCUGGUCCUAAAUGCUGCUGAUCGCUUCAACGGACCGCCGUUUCUGCCCAACAUAACAGUCCAAGAUAGGUCCUUGCAGCUCUUUCGCAUGAAAAUAACUCCCUUUACCUGGAUGGAGAUUCUGAUCAUGUCUUGGAUUCUAGGUAAAAUUUGGGAAGAAUGCAAAAACAUUUGGCUGCAGGACAUUGGAGAAUAUGUUUCAGAACCGUGGAACAUACUGGAUUUCAACAUUUUAGCCAUAUUCAUUAGCUCAUUCAGUGCACGGUUGAUGGCCUUUUGGCAUGUGUACGCCGCUCAGCGUUAUGUGGAUGAGCACCACGUCGACCUUUCCAACACCUCUCUACCUUCAGACAUUAAGUAUUUUCAGCUUGCUCGAGUCAAGUGGCUACCGUCAGAUCCGCAGCUCAUUUCCGAGGGCCUGUACGCCAUCGCGGUGGUGCUGAGUUUCUGUUGGGUCGCCUACAUCUUGCCCGCCAACGAGAGUUUCGGCCCAUUGCAGAUCUCUCUCGGCAGGGCGGUGAAGGAUAUCUUCAAGUUCCUGGUGAUUUUCAUCACAGUCUUCGUGGCGUUCAUGGUGGGGAUGUUCAACUUGUAUUCAGACUAUCUCGGGGCCAAGCACAAUGAUGCCUUUACCACGCUAGAGGAAAGCUUCAAAACACUCUUCUGGGCCAUUUUUGGUCUGUCGGAAGUGAAGUCAGUGGUGAUUGACAUUGACCACAAAUUCAUCGAAAACAUCGGCUACAUCUUAUAUGGUGUCUACAAUGUCAUCAUGGUGGUUGUCUUGCUCAACAUGCUCAUCGCCAUGUUCAAUAGCUCCUUUCAGGAAAUCGAGGGUGAGGCUGACGUGGAGUGGAAGUUUGCUCGGGCCAAACUGUGGUUCUCAUACUUUGAGAAGAGCAGUUCGCUGCCCGUGCCCUUCAACUUGCUCCCAAGUCUUGGCCCGAUUGCUUCACUUCUGCAGGGACUAAAAAGAUCUCUGUGGAAAGCAGCUCAAGGCAAAGUCAGUGAAACUACACUGGGUGACGAAAUGGAACGAAACAAGUUACGUCAAAAAGAAGACUCUGGGAUGGACGCAUCUGCUUUUCCAACACCUUAUCAAAAGAUCAUGACCCGCCUUGUCAGGAGAUACAUCCUGAAAGCACAGCGGGACAAAGAAAACGACGAGGUGAAUGAAGGUGAACUGAAUGAGAUCAAGAGGGACAUCUCCAGCCUGCGUUACGAGCUGCUGGGGAUAAACAAACGUGAAGUGAAGAACCUGGCUGAGCUCGUGAGGCGAUUGAGUCAAGUGACACAACAACAACAUGAGAAGUCAACAGGGUUUUGA